AUGUCCAGUCUUCAGCAAGCGGCUUGCCAAGCCGUCGGUGCAAACAAGUGUAUAUCUUUCAAGAAGAUCGGCGAAGGCAACUACAACAAGGCAUAUCGCCUUGAGAUAGAAGACGGCCAAAAGAUCAUCGCAAAAGUCCCACACCCUAAUGCUGGCCCAAGAGUGCUUACCACGGCAUCGGAAGUGGCAACUAUGGAGUUUGCCCGGACCAUCUUAGACUUACCAGUCCCACGAGUUCUCGCUUGGAAUGCUACCGACCAACAUCCUGUCCAAGCAGAAUAUAUCAUCAUGGAAGAAGCAAGUGGCUCUCAACUGCACGAAGUUUGGCAGGAUCUCCCACUGCGGAGGAAAUGUGACAUUAUUCAAUACCUAAAGUCUGUCGCUCGCCGUGAGAUCGAAUGGAUCAAUGCCCAUGCGAACCCACAGGAGCCGAGUGAAACUCCAUGGCAGUACACGAGUCCACAUCAAAAGUCUCCAGAGGCUCACACAGUCCUGUUAGAGAGAUUCUUAGCCGCAGUUCCGUACAUCACUCCCAAGGACCCAGAGCUCGUCUCUCCCAGACUUUGGCACCCAGACUUCCAUACUGGUAACGUCUAUAUCGACAACCAAGACCGAAUCUCAUGCAUCAUUGACUGGCAGGGGGCCUGGGCUACCCCGGUGUUCAUCGGUGCCAAUCCCCCAUUGCUUCUAGACUAUGGGAUUGACAUGUUGAUGAAGCUCCCUAAAAACUUCAAAGCACUCGACGAUGCUACAAAAGAUAAGCUCAAAUACCAAGUGUCCCAGUCUAUCUUAAUUCACACGUACGAAGAGUCUGCGGUGGAGAGGAACCCUCUGAUGUACAAGGUUAUGCAUCAUCCCCAUGGCCAGACCCUCAAACAAUUAGAAGCUUUUGUUGGCUCUACCUGGGACAACUGUCUCUUUCCCCUUGAAGAAUGUUUGAUUCGCGUUGAGAGUGAGUGGAGCCACUUUGGUACAAACGAACCAUGUCCGUACCAUUUCUCAGCAGAGGAGAUACAGCAACACGACGAAGAGGCGGGGUCUUUCAACAAGAGCCAGGAACUCUGGAAAGAGCUACAAGGUGUUUUGACUGAUGAGGGCUAUGCGUCGAAUGAGGGUUUCAGCAAGGCUGUCGAGAUAAUCAGAGACUUGCGAGAAUUCGGGCUAAGUGGCCUGGAGGGCGAGGAACGACGCAGCUUCGACAAGGAGACGCGCUGGGUCGCAAAUUUACGCAGCCGCUAA